AUGUCACUAUCAUCUGAGUUAGCAGGAGGAAUAGAAGACAACGAGUUGUCCUUUGGUGACAAUAAAGACAAAAUGCCAACCCAUAGAAAUGGGAAAGAGCAGAAGGUCGUCACGGACGAGAAUAUCUCAGUGUCCCAGAGAAUGAUCAGUGCUUGUUCCGGGAGUCUAAUUACUUCAUUGGUGGUGACGCCAUUCGACGUAAUACGAAUCAGGAUCCAACAGCAAGAAAUUCUACCGCAGAAUGAACCUUGUUGUCAAGUGCAUUACCCUGAGCAUUUCAUGAAACAAUUACCGAAACACGAAGCGGCAGCUCUUGCUAAUUCACCCGAACUAUUUUGGAUACACAACAAGUACUGCAGUCCGGGAGCAGAGCAGUGUACGCGUAUAACAUCGACCUUUCAAGGAUUUUCCACGAUCACCAAGCACGAAGGAAUUGCAACCCUAUGGCGUGGGUUGUCGCUAACUUUGUUGAUGGCGAUACCAUCAAAUAUCAUCUACUUUACCGGAUACGAAUAUAUCCGUGAUCAUUCGCCAUUUGGGAACUCGUCAUUCAAUCCAUUGCUUUGUGGUGCAUUAGCGCGUAUGAUGUCUGCAACAUUUGUCGCCCCGGCUGAGUUGAUCAAGACGCAAUUGCAAUCGAUUCCAAGCGAUUCUAGAAACUCGUCCCAUGUAUUGAGUCAUCUCUUGAGAGAUUCAAUGGCGUUGGUGAAAAAGAAUGGAGUGUUUACAUUGUUUAAAGGUUUACAAAUUACCCUCUGGAGAGAUGUUCCCUUUUCCGGAAUCUAUUGGUCGUCGUAUGAGGUGUGCAAAAAGCAAAUUGCCCGUGCUUUAAAGACGGAUUUCAACAACACCACUAGUGGAGGUGCCGAUGAUUGGAAAGUGUUUACGACAUCGUUCUUGUCGGGAUCUAUAUCCGGUGCGAUUGCUGCCUUCUUCACCAACCCCUUUGAUGUCGGAAAAACAAGGCUACAAAUAACCAUGGAUGAAGGUGACAUCAAACACAAGCACAAGCACAAGCCAAAUAUGUUCAAGUUUUUGGCAAACAUUUACAAGAAUGAAGGUGUUGGAGCGUUGUAUUCGGGUUUCGGUCCAAGAGUGAUGAAGAUAGCUCCUGCGUGUGCCAUCAUGAUUUCUUCGUAUGAAGUUGGAAAGAAGCUUUUCAAGAACGGAAAUGUUUCAAACGAGUAA